AUGGCGACACCAGCACCGUCCACUGACGACGUCGCGCAAAUCCCGGAGCCGAUCCCCUGUGCUUACCCACCCGCAAAACCACCAGCCCACGUCUACGACACCAUCAUUACCGUCGCAGUCGGACCCGAUGACGCCAAGAAAAAGUUCGAGAUCUAUCGGGGACUACUGUGUCACUUCUCAAGCUAUUUCGAUCGCAUGCUGAAUGGAUCGUUCCGGGAAGGCGGCUCGACCCAUCUUCGUCUCAGGGAUGUCGACGCCGAAACCUUCCACGUCUUCUACUAUUGGCUCAACUCCGGAAUUGUGGACUUCACCAACGGUGACGCAUCGACCCCAGCAAGCCGAAUUUGGAAGAACGCUAUUGAUGCCUACAUAUUCGCCGACUUUCAUCAAGCGCAAGUCUUCAAGAACGCUGUCUUCGAUUCUCUGUACCUCUUCACCGAAACAAGCAACAUCAUGUCAACUGGUGUUACAGAGAGCCUGUAUACCAACACAUGUGAGCAGGACGCUAUGAGAAAGUUCCUAGUAUAUUCAGCGGCCGCGACCUUCUCGUUUGAUGGCUUGAAACAGGGUGGAUUUGAAGAUUGCGCGAAGGAGUUCCUCCUUGAUGUCAUCCUUGCAUGUCGGGAGCGGAAAUUUGUGCCAGGUUUGUCAGAUAUCGAGGAGGUCACUUGGUGCACGGGUAUGCGCAAGAAUUUCUGCAAAGAAUACCAUAUACACGAAGAGAUGGAGGGUUCUCGAGAAAAAGGGAAGUCGUGA